AUGGAUGACAAUAAUUUGACAGAUAGAUCGAGAUCACUUCUUGAAACCUACAGAGAAUGGCUCGGCCUGCCGAAUUUGGGCCUGUCCAUCGCCAUCAUACUCGGCGUCGCCAUAGUUACCGUCAUCUACGUCAUCGCCAUCAUGGCGUGCAUUGCGCAUGUCAAGAGAUGGCGCAAGAAGAGUCAGAACUCGCCGUCGUUGGGCGAACACCGGGCUCUCACAUCACCAUCAUCAACAACAACAACAGUAGCAACAGCGUGCAACUUCCGCUCAUUCAAUACAUCAACUAACGAUCACAACAACAACAACUCACGACAUUACGGUCUAUAUUCAACAACCAAUCAUAUUAACGGAGGUAUAAGAAGAAGCUCUGCCAUUGAUGGGAAUGGUUUUGUAACUGUUUCCGGUGACCCGGUAGUUAAUGGUAAAUUUUUAAAAAGCGGUGGUAGUAAAAGUAGAAUAUCUUUUCACCGAAAACUCGGCGGCAAUAUUAAUGCUGGUGAGAAUGUUGCCGGCGCAAACAACAACAGCAAUAACAUAAAAAAUUACAACAACAACAACAACCACAACGACAACAUCAACAACAACAACAAAAUCUUGAAAAACUACUCCGUAGUCUACAGCAGCAGAACCGGCUCCAAGACACUGCCAGCCAAAGUGGCCAGCUUGCAGGACACCGGAAGUCACGUGAUGUACUCUGGCGAACAGCUGCAUUUCACGACAGGCUACCAAAUGGCAAAGUUGGACGUGGGAAGGAUGAAUGUUGAAAGCGUUGGAAAGCAGAGUGUUGACAGCUGCGUGUGUGCGAACGACUGGACGGCCAGCAACAUCGACAACCCCUUCGAAAGUAAGUUUUGUUGCAUCUGUGCAGCGAAUGGAAAGACCACAGACGGCCACCUCACGUACAACGAGGGCCUCAACAUCGUCGGAAGCAACUGCAGCAUCGUCGAGAACCCAUGCAACAUGGUCCCAGACGACUUCAGCAUCAUGCAGGACUGCCGCACGGACAACAGCAAGAAAGAUUACUCCACGAGCGACGACGUCAAAAACGCAGCGAAACAUCGCACGCUCGAUAGCAACCUGAAAAAAAAAUGUCACAAAUCAUCGUCAGCAUUUUCAUCGUUCAGCAUUCCACCCACCAUUCUCCCAUCUUUCUUUGGCGGGUCGCCAUCUUUUAAAACGGCGCCCGGGAGUGAAAAUUUUCCGGAUGUGACGUCACGCAAUGACGAAAGUUUCAAGCGAGAUGACGACGAUAACGUCAAUUUAUUGAAAUAA